AUGACAACGUCAAGUGAUAUAUUUUUGAUAAACGAAACUACAACUGCAGAGACAAUUUUAACUUUCGAUACAAACUGGAAAUCAUGGAAACUAGCAAAUUCAAUCCAUCCAAAAUGUGAUGAAUUCAUUGGCAGCUUGGCAGCAGUCAGAAGAGAACGAGCAAGACAACGUAAAAAUAAAAAUUGGUGGAUCAUUCAUCCUUUCAGUUUGAUAAGAUUUAUUUGGGAAAUAAUUAUGACAUUUAUUUAUGCAAUAUCAUUUAUGGUUAUUCCAUUCAUGACUAGCUUCAUUGUAUUCAAUUAUGAUGAUGUAAAACUCGAUGAAAUUACUCCAAUAAUAUACAAAUUUUAUUACAUUGAUAUUUUCGUAAAUCUAAUAACUGGUGUUUAUGAUAAAUCCAAAAAAAAUACGACAUUUAAUCAAAAAGCUAUUUUUCAAAAAUAUUUAAAAGGAUAUUUAAUUAUUGAUAUUUUAACUUCAUUGCCAUAUGAUCACUGGACACAUCAAUGGAGAAAAAUACCAGGAUCAAAUUCUUCUCUAUUCAUAGCUGUAAUAAAUCUCAUUCCAAUUUUUAAAAUUAUAAGAUAUCCAACUUUUCAUGCAUACAUAAAACAAUUUUUUUCUUAUUUGGAAAUUCAAUAUUAUAAAUAUCGUAUUAUCAACACAAUGAUUUUUUCAUUUUAUAUAAUAUUUUGGUUUUCUUGUUUUUGUUAUCUCACACCAGUUAUGUUGACAUAUAUUUAUCAAAUAAAUAUUCAUGAUUGUUCAUGUUGGCUAACAAAAGUUGAAAAAAAAACUAUUGGAAAUCGUUUUCAACAUGCAUUAUUUAUUGUACUUCAAAAUUUAGUUGCAAGUGGUUUUGGUGGGAUACAGCCAGAAUCAACUGGCCACACUAUUAUUUCAACUUUUCUUAUGAUACUUGGUAGAAUGUUUGAAGGCUACAUUAUCAUAUUAUUUAUUCAAAUAAAAAAAGAAAAUAAAACAGCUGAAGCUAAAUUUGAUGAAAUGAUGAAUCAGCUAUCAGCUUAUGCAAGACAAAAACAAUUACCACCUCAUAUAAAAAAUCGUUUAGAGGCUUAUUAUUUUUAUCGUUUUAGAAAUAGUUAUUUUAGAGAAAAAAAAAUACUAUCAAUAUUAUCAGAUCAAUUGAGAGAAGAAAUUGUGCUAUAUUCUUGUCGUCGUCUUGUUGAAAAUGUAUUAGAAUUUAGAAUUUUAUCAGCUGAAACAAUAACGUCAAUUGUAUUGAGUUUAAAAUUUGAACUUUAUUUACCAAAUGAUGUUAUUAUUAAAGCUGGUGCACUUGGUGAUUGUAUGUUUUUCAUAAGCAGUGGUACAGUUGCUGUUUUAACACCAACUGGAAAAGAGAUUUGUCAUUUGGAAGAUGGUGCAUAUUUUGGUGAAAUUGCAUUACUUGUACAAGAUAAUCGUAGAGUUGCAAGUGUUGUUGCAAUUGAAGUUUGUGAAGUUUAUAGAUUAAAUAAACGUAAUUUUCGUAAAUGUAUUGCAGCUCAUCCAGAAUUAUUUCAACAAAUUGAACGUAUUGCUAGUGAACGUAUUGAUAGAACAAUUUUAAUUGAUGAAAAACACAAAAGAUAUCCAACUAAUUAA